GCAUUGCCUCCAUGACGGUGCCAGUGUACAUCGCCGAAGUCUCACCACCCAAUUUGAGAGGUCGAUUAGUCACCAUCAAUACCCUCUUCAUCACUGGAGGCCAGUUCUUUGCGAGUGUUGUUGAUGGAGCCUUCAGUUAUCUCCAAAAGGAUGGAUGGAGGUACAUGUUGGGGCUUGCAGCAAUUCCAGCAGCUAUACAGUUUUUGGGCUUUCUCUUUUUACCUGAAAGCCCUCGAUGGCUGAUUCAGAAAGGACAGACUCAGAAGGCCCGUAGAAUUUUAUCUCAGAUGCGUGGUAACCAGACCAUUGAUGAGGAAUAUGAUAGCAUCAAAAACAACAUUGAAGAAGAGGAAAAAGAAGUUGGCUCAGCUGGACCUGUGAUCUGCAGAAUGCUGAGUUAUCCCCCAACUCGCCGAGCUUUAAUUGUGGGUUGUGGUCUGCAAAUGUUCCAACAGCUCUCAGGCAUUAACACCAUCAUGUACUACAGUGCAACCAUUCUACAGAUGUCUGGGGUUGAAGAUGAUAGACUUGCAAUAUGGCUGGCUUCAGUUACAGCCUUUACAAAUUUCAUUUUCACGCUUGUGGGAGUCUGGCUUGUUGAGAAAGUGGGCCGCAGAAAGCUUACCUUUGGGAGCUUAGCAGGUACCACCGUAGCACUCAUUAUUCUUGCUUUGGGAUUUCUGCUGUCAGCCCAGGUUUCCCCACGCAUCACGUUUAAACCGGUAGCUCCAUCAGGACAGAAUACUACUUGCACAAGAUACAGUUACUGUAAUGAAUGCAUGUUGGAUCCAGACUGUGGUUUCUGCUACAAGAUGAACAAAUCAACUGUCAUUGACUCUUCCUGUGUUCUAGUUAAUAAGGCAUCUACAAAUGAGGCAGCCUGGGGCAGGUGUGAGAAUGAAACCAAAUUCAAAACAGAAGAAGUAUUUUGGGCUUACAAUUUCUGCCCUACGCCAUACUCCUGGACUGCACUUCUGGGCCUUAUUUUAUAUCUUGUUUUCUUCGCACCUGGAAUGGGACCAAUGCCUUGGACUGUGAAUUCUGAAAUAUAUCCCCUUUGGGCAAGAAGUACAGGAAAUGCAUGUUCAUCUGGAAUAAACUGGAUGUUCAACGUGUUGGUUUCACUGACGUUUUUACACACAGCAGAGUAUCUUACAUAUUAUGGGGCCUUCUUUCUGUAUGCUGGAUUCGCUGCUGUGGGACUCCUUUUCAUCUAUGGCUGUCUUCCUGAGACCAAAGGGAAGAAAUUAGAGGAAAUUGAAUCACUCUUUGACAACAGGUUAUGUACAUGUGGCGCCUCAGAUUCUGAUGAAGGGAGAUACAUUGAAUAUAUUCGGGUGAAGGGAAGUAACUAUCAUCUUUCUGACAACGAUGCUUCUGAUGUGGAAUAAUUUUCAGCUGCUAAUAUAUUUAGGUAUUUAAACAAACUUGGGGAACAAAAACAGCAAUUGGUGACCUCACUGCCCUGCUUUUAAUCUGGUUCUUUCCACAGUCUAGUUUUGAAUGACCUCAUAUUCUAGAAUGUUUGAUUAGGAGGAAGAUACAACCAUGAUGACAUUUUUUUUUCACAAACAGAAAUGUGAAACAAUAUUUAGAGAUUUUAAAUUAAUAAUUAUUGAACAAAUGUAUGUAACUCCUUCCUGAGAUAAUCUAAAAUGAACAUUGUAUCCAGUGACUUCAGUGGUAUCCUUUUUUUCCUAAGACCAUAUAUAAUUAUUAGUGGCAGUAGAAUCAGUGCUAAACUAGCUGAGCCGGAUAUGUACGAUAUACUUAUGAAGAAGGAUUCUGGGACAUGAUCCAAGGUGUUUUCUGUCAAAACAUGGCCUGUUGGCCCUAAAUUUUCCUAAGGACAAGUAGCUUAUCUGUGAUCAGCUGUUAGAAAGUAAAUUCCAUUUAAGCUUUCAGCAAAUUCAAAAGUACCUCUGCAGAGGUACAGUUGUCCUGAUCUCCUCUGGACUCCCCAUUAUUUCUCUCUCCAAGUCACAUCGUGAGAGCUCUUCAGAAACUG